AUGCCUCGCCGCAGCUCUGGUACGUCUCGUGAUUUGAUCCUUUCUUCCUCCCGUAGAGGGUUAUCCUUCUCCUUCUCUAUUCCGGUUGCCAUCGAGUGCUUGUGUUGUUAGGGAUCUCCUCCCAAUUGGAAGGAUCUCGUUUCCUUCAUCUGUUCAAUUGUUUUUGUUCAUUUGAAUGUGGACGAUCUUGUCUCGUCAAUCUUGAUCUGUCGCAUAUUUGGUGGGUGGGAUGUACUUGUUUGAUGACCCUCGUCGCGGUGCACCUUUCGUAAAUCUUGAGACUUUAAAAGAGUUCUGCAGGAUGUUUUUCUGUUGUAUUCUAGGUAUCCACCCGUCCUGAGGAUUUUCGUAUAUCCUUCCUUUCGCAAACCCUACUUGGUGAGACAGGUCUAUGUGUAUGUUGUUUUUUCGCUUGAUUUAGAGGAUUUGAAUUCCAGUUUUCUUUUUGUUUCUUCUUCCGAUAUCCAAAAUUCAGUGAUCAUCCUGCCAUUGAGUCCGGGGGAAAAACAUAGUGGUGACUCUUAGACUUGCUUAGGACGAAAUACAUCGAUUAUUGUUACUUGUGUUACUGGUGCAAAUUCGACGUAUGAUUGAAAUUGCAGUUUUAAUUUGUAUGCUCUAUAGUUAUUGCCCUGAUCUUCGUUUAUGAGCUUAACGUUAAUGUUGCAGGACGCUCUGCCCCCCGCGCCGCUCCUCGUGCUGCUCCAAUGCGUAACCCCCCUCAACCAGGUGAGACAUGCUUCAAUUUCCCAUUUAAUUGGCGAACUUUUUUUCCUGGUAUCUGUAGGAAAUGGGUUUCUUUAGAAAAUUCAUAAUAUCCGUUUUAGAGUACUUUUGUUGCGUUGUUAAGCGUUGUUGUAGAAUAGGAAUAAGUUCUAUUCCUUUAAAUUUCCCUAGACAAAUACAGUGAUCUUUUCCUCCUUCACAAUGUUUUUCUGUGUAAUUCUGAAUCUGAAGCCCAUCUUUAGAAAAAUAGUUUUUAGAAGAUUGUCAAGAUGCCGAAGUCUGAGUCGGACCGGUCUCUGAUUCGCGUGUACAGUCGGUUGUUAUUGUUUAAUUCUGAUUCCCUUCUGGCGAAGACUGCUAGGAAGAUGCCUGUUUUUUUUGCGGACAACGAUGGCGUUCUCCUCCUGUUCAAUCUUAUUUUUUCAGCUUGAAUUUGUUAGGUGAAGAGAAGAGGCAUGGAAAGGUCGCUUCCAUUUGUGACUUCUACGUACUAACAUUCUCUCUUCUGUCUGACAACGGCAUAUUGCUCUUUAGCAAUUCCGCUCCAUAUUCGUAUUGAUUUCUACCGCCUAUAUUCUUUUGUUUGCUGCAUGCUGGCUUCACUUCCUACUCAGCAGUUUAUCUCAUGCCGUGGACUUGUUUUCUUUUCUGAGCAUGCAUUAGAUCAGUUGAGUACACAUUGUAUUCUUUAUUAGUGAAAGGCAUUCCUUUGAAGACGAAACAGUUCCUGACUCGAUUCUCUUUAUUCCUUUUUCCUUCUUCGUUAGGCCUAAAAAGUUUAACAGUGUUUUUUUUAAUGAAUUCGAGUAAUAUGAUUUGCGCAAAAUUGAUGUGAAUUUUCUUGCACCGAUGAUCUUCCUCUGCAAAACAUCAUCUAUUUUUAUCUCCGCUGAAAAGAAGAUUAACUAUUGUACUCGAACCUAUUUUUCCGAGUCCUGUAUUUCUUUUAGUAAUUGGUACGGUGCUGCUUUGGUUCUCUAGAUGUUGCAUCUGAUUUACCAAUGGAACUCGCUGCUGGAUGACUCGCUGAUGAUUGAUCUCUCCACAUAUUCUCAUACUGCAGUGAGCCAGGCUCCGCCUCCGGCCCCUCUCCAGAGUGGCGGUGGGUCAAUUCUUGGGGGGAUCGGCUCCACAAUUGCUCAGGGUGGGUUUGAAAUUUCAUAGAAAAUAUUUAUUAAUUACUUCAUCCCUGCCAUUUGCUAAUGCGCCACAUCGACUCUCCAGGCAUGGCAUUUGGAACAGGAAGCGCGGUUGCCCAUAGGGCCGUCGAUGCUGUCAUGGGGCCACGCACUGUCCAGCACGAGUAUGUAGACUCUGGGGCUGCUCCUGCAGCUGCUGCACCUACUGCCGUUGGUGCCGAUUCCUGCAACAUACAUUCCAGGGCCUUCCAGGAUGUAAGCACUCGGAGACACAUUAUAGAGCAUUUGGGGCGUGUAGCUAUGAUGACCAUUAAUGCCAAAUAAUGAGCUGAUUGGAGGGGUUCUGAUAGCUUAACAUUUUAUAAUCUUAAUCAUCCAUGGAAGAUAGUGAGAGUCAGCUGGCUUGUUCGGGAGACCGUCGCCGUUCUUUUCUCUAAUCUAACUCCUUGGUAUGCGCAGUGCAUCAACAGCAACGGAGCCGACAUCAGCAAGUGCCAGUUCUACCUCGACAUGCUCAACGAGUGCCGCCGGGGCUCUUCCUCUUCUAUGCUCGGCGCCUGA